AUGAUGCGAAUCCCCUAUCGAGCGGUGGUGCCACGCGCAACUUUACCCCAUGCACGCUUCAGUAGACCUUCUGCGAUUCUUUCCUUGACAAAGGCGUUCAUCGUCAAUCGGCGUACUUCCUCACAUGCCUCUUUCAUCGAGACUGGGCACAUUGAUGUGAAAGACGACGAGGGUCUUGUAUUUGUGAAUAAUAUCUUUCCGUCGAAGCUACAAUGGUUGCUACAAGGCCCGCUGAGCGGGACUAAAACCUACGAAGAGGCGUUGAAACGAAUCAACAGACCCCAUCUGGCGGCGUCGGAUCCAUUGCAUAUAAUCCGCCGUGUCUUCCCCCAGAGCCUGAACGUCGACAUCCGGGAAGUCAUUCCGCGCUUCAGAGAAGGCGGUGCUUUCGUGAAAUAUGUUCGCAAGGAUGGUGUCCGAGACACUGACAUUGUAACCGCCGUGCAAGACCAUCUGGAGCACAAUCCUAUCCGGCCCUGGUUCAACCCGUUUCAGCAGGUCAAGGUUGCCCACGUACAUGGCAGACCGUGGAUCGAGGAUCUAUAUCGCAUCCCAAGCCAGCGGCUGCGCGUGGAAUUCCUGCCAGGCUCUGUUGAUGGAGCCGCAACGGAACUGACCACGGAAACGUUGUAUUCUUUCUUCAGAAGAUAUGGAAAAUUAAGGGACAUUGAGAGACAGCCGACCGAUUCGAAAAUCGCUCCGAGAUAUGCCUUUGUGUCGUUCACGCGGCAAAAGUACGCAGUCAUGGCCAAGAACUGCAUGCACGGGUUCACCAUCCCGGAGCAAGAAGGUGGCGGCAAGUCCGGAACGAGGAUUAAGAUCAAGUACGAGCGGAAGAUCAAGUUAUCAGUCAUCAAGGACUGGAUCCUGAACCAUCCGAGGAUCGUGAUCCCUGCCAUUGCCGCACUCAUUGCGGCCAUCACUGUGACCAUCUUCGACCCUAUCCGCACAUUUUUCAUCGAAAUGAAGAUCAAGGCCACUCUGCAAACUGAGGAGAACAGUGUCCUUCAAUGGAUCCGGAAUCAGGUCAACAAGGCCAACAUCAUCUACUUCGGGCGCCAGAGAACAGACCCUCGUCGUCUCACUGCGAUAUGGGAGGAUCGCCAGGGAGACAUUAAGCAGUUGCAGUCCUGGCUGAUGGAGAAUGCCGAGACGUUCAUCGUCAUCCACGGCCCUCGGGGCACGGGAAAGCGAGAGCUUGUGUUGGACAGAGCACUCGAAAACUACAAGUACAAGGUCGUCAUCGAUUGUAAACAGAUCCAAGACGCCAAAGGCGAUACUGCAAAGAUAGCCCGUGCUGCUAGCCAGGUCGGUUAUCGGCCUGUGUUCUCAUGGAUGAACAGCAUGAGCAGCUUUAUCGACCUAGCUGCGCAGGGCAUGAUCGGCACCAAGGCUGGCUUCUCUGAGACAUUGGAUGCGCAGCUGAGCAAGAUCUGGCAGAAUACUGCCACUGCCCUAAAGAGGGUUGCCCUGUCUAACAGGAAAAAUGAUGACAAGGAGGCACACCUCUCAGACGAAGAGUACCUAGAAGCUCACCCCGAGAAGCGUCCCGUCGUAGUCAUCGACAACUUUCUGCAUAAUGCCUCUGAGAGCAGUGUGGUGUACGACAAGAUCACCGAGUGGGCCGCAGGCCUCACAACCGGAAACAUUGCUCAUGUAGUAUUCUUGACUACUGACGUUUCCUUCUCCAAACCUCUGAGCAAGGCAUUGCCAAACUCAGUGUUCCGGACCAUUACCCUAGGUGAUUGCUCGCUCGACGUGGGCAGAAAAUUUGUCCUCAGCCACCUUGAGCAUGGGGAGAAGGAUGGAGCCAACUUAGGCCAGAGCAUGGAAGAAGUAGGAGACUUGGGUACCCUGGAUAGCUGCAUAGAAGUGCUGGGAGGCCGAGUGACCGACCUUGAAUUUAUGGCACGGCGCAUCGAGACUGGAGAAACGCCCAGAGCGGCAGUUAAUCGCAUCAUCGAACAAUCGGCAUCCGAGAUCUUGAAGAUGUUCGUCUUUGACCCGGACAUUGAAUCCAAACAGUGGAGCCACGAACAGGCCUGGCAUUUGAUUAAGACGCUAGCCCACUCUCAGGAUGGCACUUUACCGUACAAUCAAGUUCUCCUCUCCGAUUUGUUCAAAGAGAACGGCGAGGCCACCCUCAGAGCUCUUGAACAAGCCGAGCUUAUCGCAAUCAGUUCCGUCAACGGAUGCCCUGACGCAGUGAAGCCUGGCAAGCCUGUCUAUCGGGCGGUAUUUAAGCGGUUAACGGAGAACAAGACGCUGAGUAGCCGGCUGGACCUGGACAUCGUCAAGCAGCUGCUGAGUAGUGAAAACAAGAGCAUUGGGAAAUAUGAGCAGGAGCUACAGGUAUUGGGUUCUCUCCCCAAGCAGCCCCGAGAGCUCAGCGCACGGAUUCAGUGGCUCCUGCAGAAGGUGGCAAGUUCGCAGAACAAGAUCAGCCAGUAUGAACACGAGAGUGCCAUCUUACAGAAGGUGUUGCGCCGAGAGCAUUGA